GCGGGGCGGGUCUGUCAGCGGGAGAAGCGCGGCAGCGAUGGCGAUAUUUAGCGUGUAUGUGGUGAACAAAGCUGGCGGCCUGAUUUAUCAGCUGGACAGCUACGCGCCGCGGGCCGAGGCUGAGAAAACGUUCAGUUACCCGCUGGAUCUGCUGCUCAAGCUACAUGACGAACGCGUGCUGGUGGCCUUCGGCCAGCGUGACGGCAUCCGGGUGGGCCACGCAGUGCUGGCCAUUAAUGGCGCGGACGUGAACGGCAAGUACACGGCCGAUGGCAAGGAGGUACUGGAAUAUCUGGGUAAUCCUGCUAACUACCCCGUGUCCAUUCGUUUCGGCCGGCCUCGCCUCACCUCCAAUGAGAAGCUCAUGCUGGCCUCCAUGUUCCACUCGCUGUUUGCCAUUGGCUCCCAGCUGUCUCCUGAACAGGGAAGCUCAGGCAUCGAAAUGCUGGAGACGGACACAUUCAAGCUGCACUGCUUCCAGACACUGACAGGGAUCAAGUUUGUGGUGCUGGCAGAUCCCAGGCAAGCUGGCAUAGAUUCCCUUCUCCGAAAAAUUUAUGAGAUAUACUCAGACUUUGCUCUCAAGAACCCAUUUUACUCCCUGGAAAUGCCCAUCAGGUGUGAGCUGUUCGAUCAGAACCUGAAGCUAGCCCUGGAAGUAGCAGAGAAGGCUGGCACUUUUGGACCUGGGUCUUGAGCAGAAUCCAAAGUGGAUCCCUGCCUCUCCCGACCCCCAUCUGAGAGAUCCCUGCUGUUUGCAUUCCCAACCUCAUUAGCAUACUUGAAAAUGGGACAAUGGAGCAUGACAACCUGUGCCAAUCCCAAGCCUUGGCCAUGCCCUGUUCCCUUGUGUAUAUAUCAUGGUCCUACCUCCCAGCGUUGUACAUACAGACUUAUUUAUGCAGGUGGUAAGCCCAUUCAUGCUGGAAUAAACAUUUCUUUGGUCUGA